AUGCAGCUCGAUGAUUUGAAGGAAGCCAGUGACGGGAGUUUGAAGGAAGCCAGGGAAGGUGGUUUGAAGGAAGCCAGUGAAGGGAGUUUGAAGGACGCCAGUGACGGUGGUUUGAAGGACGCCCGUGACGGUGCUUGAACAUGUGGGCGGAUUGCAGUAGUUUCUGUUGAUGGUGUUGCUGGGGAUUCGGUUGUAGCAAUUCCAAUUGUUGGAGUAGGGUUGCAUUCCAUGUUUGUGUCGGUUGAUGCUGGGUGUUGAGGCCUGUUAGCUUUUAACAAAUUUUUGAAUUUUU